AUGAGUCUCCCAGAAGGAUGGGAGUCUGAUUAUGAUGGCACGCGUUGGCUCUUCCGUUACAAGGCGACAGGGACAGUCCAAUACCACUUCCCCCAACCUGGAGAUGAGUACGCAGAGUUUCUCCUCGAUGCCGGCACAGGGCCCAUCCAGCUUAGUCCAGAAGAGCGCCUAGUAAUCGAGCAACAGGCCAAGCGACAAAGCAUUUCUGGCUGGGACAAUGGUGCGAGAAAUGGCGUUGCAACAAGUGGGAGCAAAAGAGAGAGAAAAAGGGUUGAGGAUGUCGAAGAUGAGUUUGGUAUGAGUGCGACUGGAUAUUUUGACCCAACGUAUUUCCCGGGGGCCUUUAAUAGUAUCAGCCCUCUUGGGGAGGAUGAUCCUGAAGAAACUGCCGAACUUCCUGGAAGCAGCCAACAGAUCCGAUCCCCAGUUGGAUUUGUCGCAGAACUCGCUACACAAGACACAGUUAAAUGUGCCGAAGAACUUGCGCCAGUCGAGCUAGAUGGAACAACUAUAAUACCAGCGCCAAUUCAGACAAAUGCAGGGCAAGAGCUAGCCGAACUUCCCACACAUCAGAGCCCUGUAGAGGAGAAGACUCCUGAUCCGCACCCCACGCAAUCUACGACACAGCUAGUAGAUCCGUCUUCGCUAACGUCUGCAUCAUUCUCUUAUUCGGAGUUGAAACCUAACGCGAGACCUAACAAUAGUGUUCCACCUCGCGCUUCCUCGAUAAGAAGGAAACCAGUCUUGUCAAGCACGGGCUCUACCAGCCCCCAACAGAACAAGUAUCAACCAUGGAAGCCAACACAAGGUAUAGCCGAGCACCCGUCUCAGGGGCGCAGCGAAGCUAUUGAAGCCUUGCCUCAAACAUCCGUCCUUCAAAAUCAGAAUAGCGAACUUGGGAUUAUUGGACGAAAGGAUUCUGAAUCCGAGUCGUUAGCGCCUGGAUGUAUCCCCAACUCUUUGAUAACGCCCUCGGCCCCUAAUAAACCUGCCCCCAUUGUGUCAUCGAUUUCAAACGGCGAGGUGUCGCCUGUACCUACAGUUUUGCAACCAGCUCAUGGCUCCACACAGGAAUUAGUCUUGCCUGUGAAUACCAGCACACAAUUUGUCCCUGGGAUGCAGCCAAAUAGCAACGUGGUAGGUUCGGCUGCGGAUCAUGUUUUGCCGCACACCCCGUCUGUAUUGAAGCCCGGUGGCCUUCAGGCGAGUAACCAAAAUGACAACCUUGGGAGAGUUAGUGGAAAACCAGGGCCUAUACCAGCACUCUCUUCUAAUGCAAGCAUUAAAGAGAGUACGUUGCCUCACCCUCAGUCCGAGCACACGGUCCAGAUUCCAUCCAGUCACUGUGACCAACCAAAUGCGAAUACCUUUUCAACUAUUUCUAAUCAUGGGGGUCAUAUCCAUGCAGAGGUCUCUUCAAAUCCCUCAAAGCCCACCAACCCUAUCUCCUCAGGUCCUAGCCGGAUAGACUCACAGCCACACAUCAAUGUUGAUGGACAACCUCCUGUGGUUGCGCCAUUGAACUUCGUUAAGCGGCAUUCUUCCAAGAGUUCGCAAGUAUCGUCUAUUGCUGAACUACAAGACUCUAACCUGGCAUCGGUACCAUCUGACGACAUUUCUGAAGUGAUCUCUAUGAUUAGCAGCUUGACUCCUCAGCCUACUCCUGCACCAGGAAACAACAACAAGCCAGUGCCUAGUGUGGCAAAUGAAGGAGCAGAUAUCCCCAGCACAGUACCACAAACAGUCAACGAGCAGUCCCCAUUAGCGGCAAUUCAUAUACAUCAAUCUAAUGAGCUGACCUGUCCCGCUACCGCCAACCCAUCUCAGCCCGCUUCCGUCAACGCAACUGCAGUGACUCAGAACAUAGUGGUAUCUUCCUCUAGCAAUGUCGGAAGCGAAAUCACACAAAGUGAACAGAAGAUACAGACGGCUCAAUACCCGCACCCACCUCUCUCAGGAUCGCUCAUCCAAAACCAGAGCUUCGGUCUCCCAUCACCCCCUCAUGUCGGAACUCCAGGUACAAGCUCAAUCCCGCUGGGACCGUUGGGGCCUCAAGGAAGCGUUCCAAAGCCUUUUCUCCCACAGACUCUCACCACUCCUAUACCCUCGCCUCCGCCUUCUCAAGCAAAUGAUGUCUCUCACAUGAACCAAUCAUACCAAACAGGAGCACCGAGCAACUAUGCGAAUAACAUAGCCCCACGACCACCGCAAGUUCAACAUGCUGGCAUAUCUGGUUCAAGUACCAAUGGGGCUGUCCAAAUACCCGCUGGGCACAAUAAUUCUUUCCCGAGCUCGAUGGCUGGACCAUCCAUCACCGGGCAUUCUCAAAAUGCUCCUCAGAAACCAACCCUUCACCAGCAGGUGUUGUCUGGGUCAUUAAGCCAUGAAUUUGCCGAUCGGCCACCUCUCGGAUACCAGGCUCCAAGCACAACGGCAGCACAGAUGUCGUCACAGUCACCAUACCAGCAACCCUCUCCUGUGACGCAUGCCGUUUCACCCGUUCAGAGCCAAGUAUCGUCUCCAGCCCAGUCUAUCGCAUCUCUUCACAUCUCCCAGUCUUCUACACCAUCAACCACACUCGCUACCAUGAAUAAUACCCAAAAUAGCCAUACCGGACCGAAUAUUACCAUCAACCAAACAACUUCGAACCCAAUCCGACCCUCAUCAGUGCCGGCUCAUCUUCCCACUCAACAAGUAGGGAAUCCAGUGCCAACCUCUGUGGCUGGAAUACCGAGUGCACAAACAUCCACAGCCGCAAGUCCACCAGCGAAGCCUUAUCCAAUGCUUCCCGGGCAGGUGACACCUCUCCCUUCGCAAAUUGGAUCAGCCCCCAUUCAACCCUUCGUGCAGCAGCCAGUGAAUAACAGUUACGCAAAGCCCGCGUUCAAUACACAGCAAGCUAUAGUUGGGCAGCAGCCAGCACAGCCAGCGCAACCAGGUGCUCCAGCAGGACAUUCUACGCUGCCAGCUCAAAUGAAUGUAAUGACGAACUCGUCCCAGGGACACGUCACACAUGGGCCAGCUUCAUCUCAGGUUCAUGUGCAGCCUCCGCAGCAGCAGUCUCAUCCAGGUACCGGAGGACACCAAUCGUCCCCUCCCAACCAACAGCAACAGCCACCACAGAUGGCCUCGCAUCCAACAUCAGUAGCGUCUCACCAAGUUUAUACCCCGCAGGCGCCAAUGCCAACAUUGACGGGGAGUCCACAAGUAGUUGGUGGGCAAAACACGUUUCCACCGCCGCCGAUAGCGUCAGUAACCUUACCUCAAGGGAAACCACCGAGCUCCUCACAAACGGGCGCUGCUCUCUCGGAGGCAGGUAAGGGAAUGAAGAAAUGGGCGAAAAAGAUGUUUCAGAGUCCUGCCCUUAAACAGACUGGGGUUGCUAUUGGCGGUGCUAUCUUGGCCGAGUCUGUUGGAGUCAAUGCUGGUGCUGGUGCUCAGCUUGCAAACAAUAUCUACACAAAUGCAACUCGUCCACCUCUAACGCAUGCUCAAACGGCACCCCCACAGACCCAUGGAGUGCCAGGUGCCAUUACUCAGGCUCAACUCGCGCAGAUCGGUCAACAACCACCGGGAAAAUUACAACCGCAACCUCUACAGCAACAUCAAUACCUGCAUCAACCUCAGGCAGGACAGCCAAAACCACCUCAACCAGGACAUCCAAAUCAGCCUCAGCUAGGCCACCCUCAACACCUAGGACAUCCACACCCGCCCCAGCCAGGACAGAUAAAACCAACACUACCAAGUCACCCGCAAUCAGGCCAUCCUCAUCUAGGACAAUCUCAGCCUGGACACGCCCAACCUCUACAACAGCCAGCUGGGAUCCAAACCCUAGGUCGACCCCCUAUUGUUCAAAUUCAGAAUCCCGCCUUACAAGCUGGCAUAGCUGUGAACUUGAAUGCUCAAGCUCAGGCGCAAGCUAGUUUCUACCAGCAACCGCAAUACCCACCAGUGAAUCCAGUCAUGGUGAACGGCGUACGACCGGUAGCAAGUUCUUCUAAUGACCACAUGAGCAUUGAUCCUAUGACGGCUACUGCCGUCGCUACAUUGGUUGGUACCGCUGUGGGUACCGCUCUUCGUCCCGAUCAUCCUCAACCACAAACUGCACAUGGUAACACACAGAGCUAUGCUCAUCAGGAUCACGCAUCGCAACCCGGCCCAAGUAGUGCUGCGCACAGUGCAGAGACCCACGAACAGGCAUAUCACUCUACUGCUCCAGCUCCGGCACCCGCAUCAUAUGCGGACAACAGUUAUUUGGCUGAAACGGCCUACACAGAUAACUCAGCCUAUUCCGCGAACAACACGUAUGUAGACAAUACGGAAGUGAACAACACUAUUGUAAUCGACAAUUCUACAACGAUUGUUGCAGACACAACCUACAACAAUGCAAACUACUCCGACAUGACCUCAUUCAGCAAUACCGAUAUCACUACCAGUACAGCUCUCGGUUAUGAUGUCAACUCUGCCGUCUAUACCGAUAAUAGCACAACGGCGUUUAGUGUGGACGAGAGUUUCACUAUCGCCGCGACCAGUGACGUUGCGGUGACCUCUGUUGAUUAUUCCGGAGAUAGCUGGGGAGACUUCUUCUCAUAA